AUGGUCAUGAACUCAACGCUGGGACAAAAACAAAACAGAGUCCAAUCCCGCACGCAACCUCCUCCCCGUUCCUCUCUGCCCUGCGCCGUUCCCAUCCUCUGUAGAAGGAGCACGGCUCUCGUCGAUGUGCCUGGUGGGGAUCCGGUGCAUCCCCUCUCCGCUCGCCUCCUCCUCUCCUGGGUCCCUGCGUUGCCGGCUCAGCCGCUUCUCCUGCGUCUUCUCCUCCCCGCUUCUCUCCUCCUAGUCGAGUCCUGGACCAGAUCGGCGUCCGGCGCAGGAGGCUCGGGGUGGUCGCAGGUUCGGGCGCCAUCUCCUUCCUUCCCGUACACUGGGAUCAAACAGCCCGCGGCCUGGCGGUGCCGGCCUGGAUCCGGAGGCAGAUGGACCAGAUCCUGGAGCUGGGCACGAAGGAGCUCGAGGUCGACGACUCCGGCUUCGUCCUCCUCCUCUGACGUCGCCACCUUGCUCAGUUUUCUGUUCCCAUUUCCUGGAUUGCGGGUCCUGAUGCGCAAGAUUCUUCUGUUUGCUAUGGGUCCUGGACGAUGGCAAGCAUUGACGUGCGUACGCCGUUGCAACAGCCACACCUCAACCCUCCCGACGCACGCAAUAAUCAGCGGUGCCAAAAUGAUUUGGUGUUUGCAAAGGUCGCUUUUGUUGCAUUUUCUACGUGAGAAACCAUCUCAGGCUUUGAUCUCCAACCCCUACUCUGCUGUGGUUCUGUGGGAGCAAGAAGAGCAUGCAUGCUUUCUCUCUACAUCUAGGGUCCAUACGGCCAGAUUGACGGGCCUAAACUCUGGCUUCACUUGGAUUUAUGUGAAUAUAAGCGUAAGAGGUCUAGUGGCAAUGCUACAAAAUCACUGCAGGCGUGAGUAUCCGGAUUGCACUGCUGCUGGCCGUUUCUUGCGAUUGCGUACAACAGGCUUCUGACAAAGCCAAGUCAUGGCCUCAUUAGGCCCCUUUUUCCAGCCAAACUGAAAGCACUUCAUGUUAGCUUGUAUUCGCUUUUGGAUUAACUACAAUGCAUUGUACCCAUCCAUGCUCCAGGGCGAGUCGUACAUAUCCUCGUUAGAUGUACCAAUGCCUAUGAUGGUUCUGAACUCUAAUGAUAUAGUAUCGUAUGUUUGAUCGAUGUUCUACUAUUAGAUCAUAAUGUUAUAGCAUAUGCCCAUAUUGAUGUACAUGAGUUAGACUAAUGACGAAACAUGGCAGCCGAAUGUGCCGAGACAAGAUAAAUGCGCACAUGCCUUCUCGUAAAAGUUUGAUACACUUUUCAAGAAAACGAACUUUGGUUAAUCAUUAAGCUAUAACUUUUCUCAUAUUUGAACAACAAGGUUAUUUGAGUUCUUCUAAAAAAGUGGCAAUGUUAAAAAAAUGGUUAUUUUGUGUAACUUUUGCAAACUUUGUGGAAAGAAGCUGCAAAUAACUAAUUUCGCUGUCAAGUCUACAGUCCAAUGUUAAUCUAGAGGGUGGAAUCUUUAAACUUUGUUGAUGCUUUCUUGUCCGUUUUGAUCUAAUAUCUGUCUGGUGUGGUUUGUAUAAAACUUAUGGUGGUAUAAUUAGUUUUGCUUUUUCUUGCAGGAUAUAAUAACGUUGUAGAUAGACGGAGACUGAAUCAGUUGACACUACUUUGAUGUCUAUCGAGCCAAUGGGACAACAAAG